AUGGUUGGAGGGUUAGUUGGAGACAACAUAGGAUUGAAUGAAGAGGUUAUCAAGAAGACAUGUAGUUUGUCUUUCAAAGCUCACAAGUCAGCAAAGGAACUUUAUAUUUCUGAAACUUUUAAGACAUCCUCGGAAUCAGCAGCAUAUCUUGUCAUAAGCUUUCCUGGAUCAUGGGUUCAAACUGACUGGUUUGUUACAAAACCUUUUGGAGAAACUAAAAUAGAUCUUGCUCACUUCCCUUUACUUAAAAGUGUUGGUAAUGAUGAAACUGCUUUGGUAAACCAAACUUUCUUAAACAGAUUCGACCGAUUAUUCAAAUUCUCCUCGAUUAUAUCCGAGGUGAAGAAAGGUAUGGCAGAAGGGAAGCAAGUAGUGUUUACAGGUCAUUCUUCAGGGGCUGUUUUGGCCAUUCUUGUAACAUUUUGGGCCUUGGAAGAGAAUCUUAACCAAACUCAGCUUAAGCCACCCAUGUGUGUCACUUUUGGUUCUCCUUUGGUUGGGAAUCAUAUAUUCUCUCAUGCUUCAAACAGACAAAACUGGUCUCGUCGCUUCAUACACUUUGUCAUGAGAUAUGACAUAGUGCCGAGGAUUUUUCUUGCUCCUUUUUCUAGUAUUGAAAAACUUUUUAGUCCUGUUCUUCAACUUUUGACUCCUGACAACGACAACUUCGAAUCUCAGGAUUCAAUAAGAGAUAGUGUGAGUUGUGAAUUUUACUCCACAGUGAUGAGGAAUGCAGCAACUGUUACAAGGCACGUUGCUUGUAAUCUAAUGGGAAGCACGAAUUUGUUGCUGGAGACUAUGACAAACUUUGUUGAGUUAAGCCCUUAUAGACCCUUUGGAACUUACAUUUUCUGCAAUGGUAAUGGCCAGUUGAUUGUGGUAAAUAACUCAGAGGCAGUUUUACAACUCAUGUUUCACAUUGCUCAGUUAAAAGAUUCAACACAACUUUCUGAAGUUGCCAACAAAAGCAUACUGCAACAUCUAGUCUAUGAAGCUGAAUUAGAGGAAAGUUUGGCAAUGCAAAAUGUGGUGUACUUAAACAAACUUGAUGACCUUCCUUUGUCUUCUGGUGAUGCUCCUAAUACCGACGUUGCAGCCGCCUUGGAUAGCCUUGGACUGAGCGUAAGAGCGCGGCUGUGUCUUAGAGCAGCUGGUGAGUUAGAAAAGAAAAAAGAAAGAAAUGAGGAGAAAAUAAAAAAGGAGAUUCAAGAGAAGGCUGUGCCAAGCAUGAGGGAUUUGGAAGAGUACAGAGCAACAUGUGAGAUAAACAAAGGAAAAGGUUAUUAUGAUGCCUUCAAGGUGCAAAAGGAGGGAAAGGAUUUCCAAGCAAACGUGAAGAGGCUCGUGCUCGCAGGAGUAUGGGAUGAGAUCAUUGAAAUGCUCAAGAGGUAUGAACUGCCAGACGUGUUUGAAGGAAAAAAAGAAUGGAUUGAACUCGGAACCUGGUUCCGUCGUCUUGUUGAGCCUCUAGAUAUUGCCAAUUAUUACGGUCAUUUGAAGAAUGAGGACACAGGUCCUUACAUGAACAAGGCUAGGCCAAAGAGGUAUAGGUAUACUCAGAGAUGGUUGGAACAUGCUAACAGGUUGUCAAAAGAAGAUAUCACAGAAUCCACCUUUUGGGCUGAGGUGGAGGAGCUUUGCAGCUGGAUUAGUAAGAAUAAACCAUUUGAAGAUGUUAAGGAAAGGGUUCUCAAUCUUGAGCAUGAUAUUAAAAAUUGGACUGAUAAAGGGAUACUAACCAAGGAUGUGUUCUCAAAGGAUCCUACCUUCAUAAAGUUAUGGGAAACUCUACCUCAUGAACACAAAUCCACAUCCUGCAUCUCUACUCUCUUUACUGUUAAACGAUAA